AUGGCAGACGAUACUCGUGCAGAGCAGUUUACCUUUACCCCCGCGCCUCCCCAUGCGCUGAACCAAGACCCGGACCGCGUCUUCUUUGCCUACUGGGUCCCCAACGUAUCCGGCGGGCUCGUCAUCUCCAAGAUCCCGCAGCGCACAGCCUGGGACCUGGCGUCCAACGCGCGCUACGCGCAGACGGCGGAGCGCGUGGGGUUCGAGUACGCGCUGACGCAGAUCCGGUUCACGGCGUCGUAUGGGGCGGCGAACCAGCACGAGUCGGUCACGUUCUCGCAGGCGCUGCUGCACCAUACGCAAAAGUUGAAGGUCAUUGCUGCGAUUCUGCCGGGCCCGUGGAAUCCCACUAUCGCUGCUAAGCAGAUUGCUAGUAUAGACCACUACACCGGCGGGCGCAUCGCCGUCAAUAUCGUGUCGGGCUGGUUCAAGGGCGAGUUUACGGCUGUGGGGCAGUGGUGGCUUGAGCAUGCCGAGCGGUACAGGAGGAGCCGCGAGUUUAUGGAAGCGCUCAAGGGGAUAUGGACCGCGGGUGAUGAGGGCUUCACGUACGGCGGUGACUUUUACCAGUUUCGUGGGUACAGGCUCAGUCCUAAGCCGUUGAAGUGGGAGGGUAGGCAGCAUCCGGAGAUCUUCCAGGGUGGGAAUUCGGACGAUGCGCGCGAUAAUGGGGCGCAGGUCAGUGACUGGUAUUUCAUGAACGGAAACGACCUCGAAGGGUUCCGAGCGCAGAUUCAAGACGUAAAGGAGCGGGCGAAGAAGGUUGGGAGGGAAAAGCAUGUUCGCUUUGCGGUCAACUCGUUCGUGAUUCUGAGGGAUACGGAAGAGGAGGCUAUCCAGGUGCUCAGAGAGAUCCAGGGCAAAGCGGAUACAGAGGCCGUGGCGGCGUUCCGCGACGCAGUGCAGCAGGCGGGCGCGAGCACGGGGAACAAGAAGGGCAUGUGGGCCGACUCCAAGGUGGAAGACCUGGUGCAGUACAAUGAUGGGUUCAAAACGAAGCUGAUCGGUACGAAAGAGCAGAUUGCAGAUCGCAUCCUGUUGCUGAAGAGCUUGGGUGUCAACUUGGUGUUGACGGCAUUUCUGCACUACGAGGACGAUAUCGAGAGAUAUGGCGACGAGGUGCUGCCGCUGGUGAGGAAGCUGGAAGCUGAAGGGAGAGGCAAGGAUGUCGAGGAUGAGAUUAAGAGGACUGGUGACAUUUACAGAAAGUAG